UAACGUUUUAUUGCAAUUUAAAAUAAUUUACGCGCCACUUUUAACGGCACGACGUUUUCUGCCUGAUAACAGCGGUAUUUUUUAGGCACAAAUACACAAUCCGUAUUUAAUCAUAUCGACAGCUUACAAGUUAUCGAUAACUGUCAAAUCUACGAAACUACGUGGUAAGCAAAAAUAGUAAUGGCAAAUAAACCAAAUAAAGACAACGGAAGCCCAAAUGAUUGGGAUCAGAGCGAUGAGGAUGACAACUGGGACGAUUGGGGCGAUGGUGAAGAAGAUGAGGAUAAGUUUGUUCACAUUGAAAAAGAGCAGCCGCCACACAACAACAAAGCAACGGAAGAGAAAUCAGAUAGAACUGUUAAAACUGAACUCGAGACAACAGCGGCUCCUCCUGCACCCGUCUCUUCCUCAACCUCCUCCUCUGGCUGGGGCUCGUGGGGAGGAAAGCUGAGCUCUGUACUGAGUACCGCCACCGAGGGCCUGGGCAACAUAACAACCCAAGUGAAUCAGGGCCUUAAUCAGAUAAUUGGAGUGCCCGAUCCAGAAGAGCUGGCGCGCAUCAAUGCAGCCGAAGAGGCAUCCAAGCCGCCGAAACCAGAACAGCUCACAAAAGCCGAAACAGAAACAGUUACAGAAAAAUCCGACUCUGGUGUGCCUGCAUUUAAUCUCGGAUUGGUCACAACUCUUGGCUCGAAGGUACUCAACACGGGUCUGGACACACUCGAAGGCAUCGGCAAAAAGACAAUGAACAUAUUGCAAGAGAACGAUCCGAAGCUGAUGAACAAACGUAAAUUGCUGGGACUCGAGGCAAAUAAACCCAAUUUGAGCGCCGUGCUGCUAGAAGCUAAGAAGGAUGCAGACCAAAUGGAGCAAUCGCUGCACGAAUUGCAACUGGAGAAACGAAAGGCGCAGCUGCGCUUCGAUGUGCUCUUCGAGAACUAUUGUGGCCUAGUUCACUACGAGGCACUGGAAAUACUAUCCAAAGAGUCGCGUCUGAAGCUGGACACGCUGCUCGAUGCGGUUAGCGGGCAGGCUCUAAGCGAGCUGCAGGAAACUAUAGACGAGGUCAAGGAGUUACUGGAACUAGAGGAUUUGGAGUGCGACAGCGAGGGCGACUAUACAGCUGAAGAGCUUGGCCAGCGUUUGAUGGCCACGAUAGCUGACGCAGAGCUGGGUAUUAAAUUCGAUGAUGUGGCUAGUCACUGGACGCAGUCGCUCAGCUGGUUGAGCUCAGAAGAAGCAACCGUUGCUGAUCUAGAACAGGCCUAUGCGAAGAGCAUCAAUGUUUUGAGUGAAGCAUGUGCCCUACAAAUGUGUAAGCUGCACAAAAUCGCUGAACUGAUGUUGGUGAAGCCGCAUCACAGCACUGCCAACGAGGUAGAUGGCAUCGUGCAUCUCUGCAAGCAAUUCAAUGGACAUCUUCAAGGACUAACGCAACGAUUUGCUGCGCUCCUGAGCAGCAAGAGCGAUGCCUCCGACUCCGUGCAACAGGACGAAUGCAAAACAAGGGUUAAUACAUACUUUAACGAAAUGUUGUCCGCUGUCAAGUAUAUCGAACAGGCCUAUAAACUCUUUACCCCCAUAUUGCAAAUGGGCGCGGUUUAGUAAUCCAAAUCUUGCUAGCUUA